AUGUCUUCGUUGACGGAAAUGCAUUACCCGCCAACCGGUGCAAUUGCGCGCAAGGCAUCGUCCUCCUCGCCCCCAGCUUCGACGCCCUCUCCGUCGACCUCGAGUGCUACCACCGCCAAUUCUUCCGCUACGCGCCGGCCUCCCCGCAAAAGCACUCUGACUCAACAGCAGAAAAAUAACAAACGCCAACGCGCAACACAGGAUCAGCUUGUCCUUCUGGAGAUCGAAUUUAACAAGAACCCGACACCCACUGCGGCUACCAGAGAACGUAUUGCCUCGGACAUUAAUAUGACGGAGCGAUCUGUUCAAAUCUGGUUCCAGAAUCGUCGUGCUAAAAUCAAGAUGCUGGCAAAAAAGAGCAUUGAGACUGGCGAAGGAUGCGAUUCUAUCCCAGAAUCCAUGCGACACUAUCUCGCAAUGCAGUUUGACCCGAACAAGCCCGGUGCAAGAGACCCCUUUGGACGUGCUGGAGCAUAUGGCCCGCCUAGCAUGUACGCAAACGAGACCAACCCCUCUGGCAAAGUUGCUGGCGUCGCAUUGGACAAAACGCCAUGGAUUUGGUCGUAUUUCUACUCCCCUGAUAAGGCAUGCAUGACUUACUAUAUCAACAACGAUGCUGCCGGCUAUAAAAUCGAGUAUCCUUUCGCCUAUAUCAAGAACAUCACCUUGGAAACCGGUGAUCCGAGCCCUGGGCCGAAUGGGGAACCACCUCGACCAGGUGGUCUUGUCGUGGAACUGAACCGCCCGCCGCACUUUUACAUGGACUCGUCCAACUCUGGAGGUUUCUACCAAUGCGGCGAUUUCACUGAGGAACAGCAAGCUAGUCAGAUCAUGGUUCAUCACCUGGGAGGCCAUCCCAAGGUCUUGAGCGUUCAGCUUGCCAAGCUCGUGUCCUUGGAGUCCUUCCAGAACCGCCUGGCUUAUAAUAACAACAGCUUUGCUGUGCCAGCUGCGAUGUCUCCCCCAUUCAUCCAGCGUCCUGCAUCUCAGCCCAACCAGUUUGCCGCUCCCACUUACAUGAAUCUGUACCAAGACAGCAACCACUUGGGCUUCAACAUGCCAGCUGCUCGUGGCCACAAGCGCCAACGAAGCCGUUCAGUACCUGUUGCAGUUGACUUCUCGUCAUUCCAGAGUCCUAUGUCUUCUUUCCACGCGCCACCCCCUCCACCCCCAUUCAACCACACCGAGGCAGGUAUCUACGCACCCGUUCCACAGUCAGUGCACCAUCUCCCCACAGACCUUCGCAUCGACACCCAGGGAUAUGGCCUGGAUUUCCGUACCAACCCUAUGUCCGCGACGACCGCCGGAUCGCCUCCCGACUUCGCCAGCCCCAUGUACAGCAAUGCCGGCCAAGGCGAGUCGACUCCAGUCGCCAACAUGGCGCCUCAGUUCAACGUGCCCUUCGUCUCGGGAGGAUCGACCGAUGUCUCGACACUGGGCUCUCAUGCACCAUCUCCUUACUCUAGCAUGAGCCCUGCAGACCCACUGAUUGCAAGCCACUCACCGCCAUUGUCCAACAUGUCGCACGCCUCGUCUGAUAUGUACGGUUUCUCGCACGACCAGCAGACCGGCUUUGAUGACAGUCUCUCGAUGAACGAUAUGUACUCGAAGCAUCACGUCAACUUUGGCGUUUCGCAUGAAAGCCCUAGCUUCGAACUGCCCAUGCACAGCCUUCCUGCCCACCCUUCUCCUGGCAUGGGCGAUUACUCCCACAGUAUGGCUAACCUAGAUGAGAUUAACUCGCAGGGUAUGCCAACUGGGUCAUGA